AAAAAAGAAAAAGCCUUUCCGAUUAUAGUAGUAGUAUAUACCGUUUACAUUAAUGGACUCAGACUUGGCUGUCCUCGAAUCGAUUCGACAGUACCUCCUAGGCGAAUCCGAAACUUUCGACGAUGUUGAGGUGUCCCUCGGCAACGUUUUUAAGUCGGAGACUACGAACUACUGGGACUCAUCGCUGUUGAAGGUGGAGGACAACAACGUUAACUUCGGAUGGGUUCCGUCGAACGAAGUCGUCGACGACCCAGUUAAAGCGAAGCCACGAGAAACGAAUAAUAAAGAAGCUGUGGCGGUGGCGCGUGAGGCGCACGCGCCGCAUUACAGGGGCGUGAGGAGGAGGCCGUGGGGGACGUACGCGGCGGAGAUAAGGGACCCAAAGAAGAAUGGCUCGAGAGUGUGGCUCGGGACUUACGAGAAGCCCGAGGACGCAGCUUUGGCUUAUGACCGAGCUGCUUUUAAAAUGCGUGGCUGUAAGGCUAAGCUUAAUUUCCCACACUUGAUUGGCUCGAAUAUGGCGGAGCCGCCGGUGAGAGUCACCCAAAAACGCCGCUGGCCUGAACCGUCAUCCCCGUCGGAUAACGGCUCGGCUAAGUCGAAGAGGAGUAGAAGCCGGAGUGGCUCAGUGGUUCAAGCUGAGUCGAGUAAUGGAAGUAGUAGUGCAAUAGAGGAGGUUUCAAGUGAGGCUAUAGACACUUGGUACUCAUCGGCUAAUGAAUCAUUUACGAUGUGGACUUUGGAUUACCCAAAGUUAUUAUGA